AAGAGAUGGAACAGGCACUUCUCUUACUGCUGCUCGUCACAACUGUAUCUGGGUGUGGUGUGCCCAGUUACCAGCCCAACACUGGUCGUGUGGUGAAUGGAGAAGAAGCCCGUCCAUACAGCUGGCCAUGGCAGGUUUCUUUGGAGUCUUUCUACCCCUCUUGUGGUGGAACACUUGUUGCUCCUAACUGGGUCUUGACUGCUGCACACUGCAUCACCUUCCACACAUACAGGGUGGUUCUUGCUGAGCAUGACAUGAACAAGGAAGAGGGACCUGAGCAGUCCAUCAUGGUGGAAAAAAUGUUCAUUCACCCCAAAUGGAACGACAACUGUGUGUCUUGUGGGAACGACAUUGCCCUGCUUAAACUCGAGAAGGCGGCAGUUCUCAACGACAAGGUGCAGCCGGCUUGUCUGCCGGAGCACGGUGCCUCGCUCGCUCACAACCAGCCCUGUUACAUCACAGGCUGGGGCCGUCUCUACUCCGGUGGUCCCCGGGCUAUUACACUGCAGCAAGCGCUGCUUCCUGUGGUGGGUCACAGCAUCUGCAGUCAGAGUGACUGGUGGGGGAGCUCAGCCAAGACAACCAUGGUCUGUGCCGGAGGAGGUGACAAGUCAGCAUGCCAUGGUGACUCUGGAGGCCCUCUGAACUGUAAGGGCCGAGACGGUAAAUGGUACGUGGAAGGAGUCACCAGUUUUGUGCAUGGAGGUGGAUGUAAUACUCCCAAGAAACCUUCAGUCUUCACCCGUGUGGCUUCAUUCAUCCCCUGGAUCAGUGAGACAAUGGCCAGAAACUGAAGAAACCUUCAUAUCUGAUGAAAUGAAUUUGCAAUAAAACUUAAUUGCAUUUUUAUUAUA